UAGGGACUUUGGGACAAUCACACGCGGCGACCUUAAAGUCAAAAACAACACAUUUCCUCCGCUUUUCUGACCCUUGGGACCCAGAGCCUUCUGGGACCUGGAGGCAGCGCAUCCUAGGGUGUUGAGCUUCUGAGUGUGGCCAUUGGUUCUACUCCGUAGACUGACAAGCGCUUUAGCCACUCAGAGGGGGCAGCGUGCAGGGCGUGCGGAAGCGGAAGUGAGGUUUCCGUGGAGACAGCAGAGCCUGCGGAAGGCGGCGGCGGCAGCGGCGGCAGCACCUGCGAGUGGAGGCUGGGGCAGGGCAUGGUCGCGCCUGCCGCACUGUAAGAGCGGAGCGGCCGCUGGGUCCGCCAUGCGCCGGCGGGGCUGACAUGGGCGCCAGCGGCUCCAAAGCUCGGGGCCUCUGGCCCUUUGCCUCUGCUACGGGGGGCGGCGGCCCUGAGGCGGCGGGCGCUGAGCAGUCUUUGGUGCGGUCUCGAGCCCGAGCGGUGCCUCCCUUCGUAUUCACGCGCCGCGGCUCCAUGUUCUACGAUGAAGAUGGGGAUCUGGCUCACGAGUUCUAUGAGGAGACAAUCGUCACCAAGAACGGACAGAAGCGAGCCAAGCUGAGGCGGAUACAUAAGAAUCUGAUUCCUCAGGGCAUCGUGAGGCUGGAUCCCCCCCGAAUCCACGUGGAUUUCCCCGUGAUCCUCUAUGAAGUGUGAGCCUGAGGCAUGGCAGACACACGCACCCACUGCCCCAGCAAGAAACUCCCAGGCUCAAGGUGUAGCUUCCGUUCAGGAGUCCAGGCUGGUGCCACAACCCUGAAUAAACUAAACUCCGUUGGCCCAGAA